AGAGCUCUAGAGGUUUUUCCCAGAAACUAUAAAAAGCCUCUGUUGCUUUUUCUUGCCCCAAUGCAAAAAAAUGCUGGGUAUUGUAUGUUUGCUGCUGUUCUGUCUCGCAAACCUGCAGUGCUCCUCUUGUGAGGAAGAUAGGAGAAAUGCUAUCAUUUCUGCCUUGGAGAAGGCAGUUACGUUCCUGGGUGAAAAACACGACAAAAUCAACAUAGACGCGGUGCUGGGAUACACUGUCUUGGAAGCACAUUUGAAGAUGGUCCUGGACAGAUGGCUGUGGCGGCCGGAAUUAACCCUGGAGUGGCAGAGAAUCCAGCUUUUGAAGCAGAAGCUGUUGACUUUCAUAGAGGAGGCAACCCAAGAUGUUGAAAAACAGGAUCCCGUUUCCCACAAAGCCUUUGCUCCAGCUUUAAAGCCAGGAUUUUGGAAGGUCCCUCGGGAAUGGAGAAAGAUUAACGAGUCUAUUCCUUAUUCCCUAACAAGCGGCCCCUGUCUGGAUUAUAAAAAAAGUGAUUUUUGCCUCUCAGCGGUAUUAGGAACACAGGAGGAUACGGAUGUAUGCUGGGUUCCCGACAAUUGCACCAGUCUCAUGAUAAACGCUCACUGCUAUGGUUAUUCGCUGUCCCAUCAACUCUUUUACUUUCUGUUUGCCAAGAUGCAAUCGUGCCCGAAUUCUCUCUUCCAAAAUACCCAAUAUUAUGAAAACUUGUUCUGUGAUUUGAUGAUGCAAGCCAAUCGCAAUCUCGAAAAGAACAAUCUGAUCGACAAUUUUGGAGAUGUCUUUACAGAGAACAUCAUGUUUUGUGGGCUAGCUGGAUUCUCAGAUUUCUUCCAGACGUCCUGGCUUGAUUGCAUUCUCAGCUGGCAGAAACAGGAGAAUGGAUGUUUCUGGAUGUACACUUCUUCCAAUGAUGGGGGCCAAGUGAGAAGAAGGACUAAGAGAUCAGAGAAACUUAUUGAAGGUGUCUGCUCUUCCCAUAACACUGCUGUGGCUGUUGGAGCACUUGGGAGCUUCCUCUUACACAGCUCCUAAUGAUGGUCCAUCUUUGGAUCUCUUUCUUUAUUACAAUCUAAACCCAGAUUUUUCUGGGCAACUUUCCUAAAAGAAAUUUCUGACUUCAUCUGAAAAAAAAAAGCUUGUUCUAUUUUCUUUCUUUUUUUUUUAAAGAAAGGAACCAAUAUUUGCUCCCACCCCAAACCUGGUUGUCUCUAAUCUAGAUGUAUUCAGCCAUGCAUCUCAUCCUGAAGCAUCUUGAGCUCUCCAGGAUUCGAAAGCUAGUCUCUCUAGUCCUCUAAAAAGCUAGAAUAGAAAAGUCUUCCAUCGGCUCUAAAAAUGCAUUACUCCUAGCAACACUUUGAGGUGGAUCCCAGGUAUGAAAAAUUUCAAAAUUAAGUCCACUCCAACAUACAUCCCUGCAAAUCCACUCGUCGAUAAAUUUAGACAUGGAGGAAUAAGGAGGAAAGAAAGGAAAAGAAGUUUUCAAGAUUUUGUUACUAUCGUCUCUAGGUCAAUAAAGUAGCUUUUCAGCAUA